AUGGCUUCGAAGGAAACACCAAAGAAAAUUUAUAGAGCGUCCGUUUCUGAUAUUUGCAUCGAUCCAGCAUCUUGUCGACUCUGCCGCUCUGUCGGUGACCUGAUCCAUCGCAAAGAUAUUUUCAAGCCAUCAAAUCGGGCAUUGUUGAAGAUUGCUGAACAAUUGUAUGGCCAUAAUAUUGCUCCGGAUCCAAUUCUACCCCGUAAAGUAUGUAGACCAUGUGAGCGCAGACUUAAAAACUGUUUGGAGUUUCAGAAGGUCAUUUCAGAAACACAAGAGGUAUUCCAACAACGUCAGUCGGGUGAUGCACGAGUUAAACGAUGUGUUGUCUCGCCGUCAAUUUCCAGACCGCCAAAAUCUCGUUUAAAGCCUUCUGCGAGAACCUCUUUGACCUCGGCUUUUGGUGUCUGCGAAGAAGUGUCAUCCAGUUUGAAUGCUGAUGUAGAGGUAACUGCGCAAUUUCAUACACAUUCUCCUAUUAAUUGUAGUGGAUUUUUUCUAUGUUAGUAUUACAAGUCGUUAUAGUAAAAAUUCAAUAAAAUAUCUGCGUGAAAUAUGCUAAAUUUCGAUAGAUUUAUUAAUAUUCAGUAUGCAAAUACUUCGGUAAUUUGAGGCUCACAUUGUGUCAUAUAAAUUUCCAUAUGUCCAUUGUGCAGAAGGUCUACUGUAUGUUGCUAUUUUUUAUUUGUAUUGUAUGCUUAAACAUAGAGACAUUGAAAGCUUGGUCACAAGAAUGGCCAUUUAGAUUUGCUUUACUAUUUUCUGAUCGAAACGUAUAAGCUUUUGUUAUGGUAUAAAAUGCAAGAAUACCACAUGUGAUGUGUGGCCAUAUUUAUAAAUAUACAGCAAACAAAGAGGCCAUUCAAAGCGUUUACAAAUAUGUUUAUACACUACCUUAAACCCAAACUCUCUAGCAAUAGACCUUGUUCAAAGUACAUAUGGUAUUAAAUACUCUUACUGUUGGUAUUUUUCAAAUGUGCAUCUUAACUCAUUGAGCCGUAUUGCGUCCUUGUGUGACCUACUGUACUUUAUUAUUUUACUCUGUCUAUAUUAAAUGCCACAAAAUUUUACUCGUAAAUGAGGAGAGCACUAGGGCUUAAUGAGUUAAUGUUUUUUUUGCAUGCUUUUAAUUAUAUUUGGUACUUCAUGUUCAAAAAUUCUGGAAGUCACUGAGAAACCAUAUGUAUCAGAAUUAAUUAUAAAAGUCAAUAAUUAUCUACUGUGACUAUGUAUUAAUUGUAUGAUCAUUGAUAUCAUAGAAUGUAAAUCCUUUACAAGAAUUGAAUAUGCUGAAGGUAGCCGAGACUGAAUUAAUGAGUGUUGCAAGGAGAGACCCAGAAUCAGUCUUGCGCAAAAUAUCAUAUGGAGGUUUGUGCCAGGAGAAUUGGAUGGCUGAGGUUACAAGUGAAUUAACCACCAGAUGCCCUACUGUUGCCAAAAUCUUGUCCUCAUUGCUUGAUUGUGAUUUAACAAAUCCUGGAAAGAAGCUUCCACCUAUAUGUUUGUUAUAUGGCGUCAUUCUGUUUUUGAGAUGUCACGAGUUGAGUAGAAUUCAGCGGAUAAACACUGUUCUUUUAGUCCAAGGCAAAGCAACAACAAAUGUAUGUUCAGUAUAAAUUGUUGGUGAUAGAAUUGUAUUAAUACUUUAAUGAUCCUGAAAAUUAACCAAUGUGUAGUUCCAGAAAAUAUCCAUACCCCAUACCUCAUGAUCAAGGAAAAAAUUUAGGACAAUAGGUUAAGAAGAAUAUAUCUGGCAAUAUAUGUUAAUAAAGCUAAGUGCACCCUACUUUUGGAACUAUAUAUAAAUGCCACACAAUUUUACUCAUCAAGGGAAAAUUUUACUCAUCAAGGGAAAGUCUUGGAUAUUAAUGGCUCAAAUUAACCCAUUGAGUUGCAUUGCACCCCAAUGCGCCCUACUUUAUUAUUUUACUCUGUCUAACGCCAGACGAUUUUACUCUGUCUAACGCCAGACGAUUUUACUUGUCAAGGGGAGAUCCCUGGCUAAUGGGUUAAACCACAAUAUUGCUUUUUUCUGUUUAAUUCCGGAAGAUUUAUUUUGUCAUUAACGUACAAGUUGCAGAGCCUGAAAUAAUUUUAAAAUUUGUCCGGAAAAACGUCCGAUCAAAACGAAAUUUGACCGGAAAUUUGCAAAAUUGACCGGAAUUUUUUUUAGUUUAGUUUGAACAAACUCUGUCAAGCAUGCAGACGUGCACUGAGUAAAUCACUCUACUUGCAAUAAUAAAACACAAAUGUUUAAUUCUGAAUUGCUUAUUGGAAUAGUUAUAGUGAAUAAUAAUUUAAUCACGCCCGCCGAUGCUGUUUUUAUCUUGACCCGACAACACCACGCUGUAAACCACCAUCUUGUUUAUUGGGCUCGUGAACUAUACUUUCCAGUUGAUUACUUUAUAUUAGCCUAAUAUAGAUAAUCCAAACUUACAGAUGGUACUCACUGUGCUGAGCGCCGACUCGAUCAUUAAGAAAACAUUUUUCUUUUUCUCAAAAUUUGGCCGGACAAAAUUUCCAAUCAUUUCAGCAUUUGAUCGGAAAAAUCGGUAUUUGGUCGGAAAACCGCCGGCCGUUAUUUCAGGCUCUGAAGUUGUGCUAUCUACUUGGUUAAUUUAAUUAAUGUAAAAAUUAACCCAUUGAGUUGCAUUGCACCCCAAUGUGCCCUACUUUAUUAUUUUACUCUGUCUAACGCCAGACAAUUUUACUUGUCAAGGGGAGAGCGCUGGCGCUUAAUGGGUUAACUGAGGGCCCCCUAUACUUUUAGCAUUAAGGGCUUAUUUUACUUAGCCAUGAAACAUGAUUGGGCCCCCUAUACGUUUUGCGUGAAAGGCUUAUUUUACUUAGCUGUGAAACAGUAAGCAAUAUACCAAACAAUAUAAUAAUAUACGUUUCUGUUCUGUACAUGUUACAACAUACGCAUUUUAUACAUUCUUUUUAACGGUACUAGGGGGUCAACUUUCUGCAACAGGCACUUCUUUAAAUGUCAUUGUCGAUUUUUUGUUGUUUUUGAAGCUUAUACUAUUGUUUAGCAGCGAAAUUUUCUGCUGCACAAUAAUAUUUGAAUGCGUAUUAAACUUUUGUGCUCAAAAACAACAGAUAAUUCAAUUAAAACAGUGUUUUGAAAACCUAGUUUUUUGCAAAAUGUGUUCUCAGAAUGCUGCAAAUGCCAUUUCCGGGAUCCAAAUUUUAAAAUUUUUCUGUGCCUUCGGCAAGAGCCCCCCGAUAUUUUGUAAAGUGUCCACCACUGGAUAUACGAUUUUCUUAAUCUGUGACUCUUGAAAAGGCAAAAUAUUUUUACGUGAAAGCAUAUUGUGAAAAGGUAUAGGGGGCCAUCUUAACCCAUUAAGCGUCAGCGCUCUCCCCUUGACGAGUAAAAUUGUCUGGCGUUAGACAGAGUAAAAUACUAAAGUAGGGUGCAUCAGGAUGCAAUGCAACUCAAUGGGUUAACUAGGCACAUGGGUAGAUAGGCCAGUUAACUGACCUACAGUAUCUGCCCAUACAUGCACGUCUAUUUAACCCAUUGAGUUGCAUUGCGCCCCAAUGCACCCUACUUUAUUAUUUUACUCUGUCUACACCAGAUUAUUUUACUCUGUCUAACGCCAGACGAUUUUACUCGUCAAGGUGAGAGCGCUGGUGCUUAAUGGGUUAAACAAGUUAUGUUUGACUUACAGUAUGAGUUGAUUUUUGAAAGUAGAAAACACUAUGAGAUUUUUAGAUACUCAAUUGUAACUCAAAUGUAUUAUAUAUAUAUAUAUAUAUAUAUAUCUUGUUUCAGCUGAUUGAUCGACUUAACAAAUACGGGCUAUGCCUAAGUUCUUCCAAAAAAUAUGUCGUGUAUGCUGACAUUAGAAAGCACUUUUUGGAUCAUGCUGUUGAGCUGGUGAAGUCAGGUAAAGAAAUAAUUUUAAAUAAGCGUAUUAUUUAAUCUGAUAUAAUACUUGUGUCAUUUGGCCCAACAGCUGCUUCAUGCAUUGCCAUAAUUGUUGGGCAAACUGAACCUGCACGCUAUACAGUAAUACUAGAAAUUAUGUUGUUUGCCAUCUAUAUUUAUUCACAUGCUGGUUGGCCAAUGCUCAUUCUUCCCAUUUGGCUUCAUGGCUUGUCCCAGUGGCAGUGCUCAAUUGGCAGCACAUGUAGAGAUAGCCAUUGAAUGAGCUCUCACAGAGAAUAAGGAUGUAAAAGAUUAAUAACUAAUAAUAAUAACUAAUAAUAAUAAUAAUAGUAACAAUAACAACAAUAACAACAAUAACUAACUACUCUAAGUUUAACAUUUUAUCACAUGCAAUUAUGUUAUUAAUUAACAAGUAUAUGUCAGACAGAUAUCUACAAAUAAUGUACUUAAAUAUAAUAGUUAAAAAUUUUGAGUUGUGAAACUACAUAACACAAAUCAAAAUUUUUAACUAUUAUAUUAUAAGUACAUUAUUUGUAGAGUUUUGCCUGGCAUAUACUUAUUAACCCAUUGAGUGGCGAUGCACCCCACUUUAGUAUUUUACUCUGUCUAACGCCAGACGAUUUUACUUGUCAAGGGGAGAGUGCUGGCGCUGAAUAUGUUAACUGGCCUAUCUGCCCAUGUGUCUAGUUAACCCAUUGAUUAUAGCGAUGCACCCUGAUGCACCCUACUUUAGUAUUUUACUCUGUCCAACGCCAGACGAUUUUACUCUGUCUAACGCCAGACAAUUUUACUCGUCAAGGGGAGAGCGCUGGCACUUAAUGGGUUAAACAUAGAGUAGCACUGUCAACAAAUGUACUGUACAUAGAUAUUGGGCAGCCUGAAUUUUAAAGUGGUCACCAAAUGGGAACAACUAUUGGCAGGCCUUAAAAUAUCUGUCGGUCAUGGACAUUGUCCGACCCAUUCGUGAAAUUGUCCGACGUAGAGAGGAAACCACCGGACAUUCUGUCCGACCAAAAUGAAACUGAGGUUUAUUGUUUGUCCGACCCGAGUGUGUUGGUGUCCGACCGAACUGCAACCUCGUGCUUUGUCCGACGUAAUGUACCCUAGUCCAGGACUAGAGGUUUGUAUGCUAAAUGGAAAAUCGGAGUACUAUUGUACAAAAGGUGAACUGGAAAUGUUGUUUUAACGUAGUUGAGCGCGGGGCGGCGAGCGAAAUGGUCGAAAUCGAAGUCUUUUUUAAUACUGCUGUUCUGGCAAGCAAGUUAAUUUUGGCGUGGAAAUAAGUAUGAAAGAAACAAAUGAUUUAAUAUCUUUACAACAUUUACCGUUAUUCAUUUGUGUCAUUCGGACUUAUUUCCGAGUCAAAACUGAACUGAAAUUCAUCGGACAUAUGUCCGACCCAAACUCAACAUCACCGGACAUUAUGUCAGACGGCCCUGUAAAAGAUAUUUUAAGGCCUGUAUUGGUAGCUACGUACUUGAGCAAUUAAACUUUUAUCUCACUUUUAACUGCUGCAGGGAUGAAGUUUGUUUAUGUUGUUGACAACAUCGACUGGGAAGAAAGGGUUCACGAUAUGAGGGAACAUCACCAGAACAAGAGUGUUCAUGCAGUGGCAACCAGUAUGGUGUUUAGCAGGAUCCCGAGUGACCAUUUGCCCGAUGAUGGCCCACAGAUGGAUGUCAAGACCUGCAACUUUCGAGAGAUAGUUCGGGUUACCGAUGAAGAGAUGCAGAGUAUCCGGAAUCGGUAUCGAAUGCUUGUAGCAAGAAUUUUGAUUGAAAAGUUUCCAAAAUUUUUUAAUCUGAAAUUGUGCAUAUCUAAAGAACUUACACUAGACCAUGAACAUUCAGCUGCUACAGCUCGAAAGUCAGAAAUCAUGACGCUCCCAGUGCUGAUGAAGGAUGAAAAAAAGUACAGUGACUGUGUUGAUGUCUUGGACCAACUGGAAGAAUGGACACACGAGGUCUAUUAUGCAAGUGGUCUUCGUAAAGAUCCCCAAUCCUCAACUACAAAUACCUUAGUUGAAGUUGCCACCAGACCAGAUCAACCUAGAGCUCACAUCCCACCUGUGUCAUCAGACACUGAUCCGUUAAGUGGAAUUAAAAUUCCUUGCUUUGGUGACGAGUUAACCAGAGUUAGAUUUGCAGGUGCACGAGAUCUUCGCUGUGGGUGUCAUACAGCUAAGCAACGUUUGGAUCAUCUGUAUCCAUACCGUAUUGUUGGAUGGCACACUAAGAAAAGUUUUUUAAAGGUAAUUUUACCUAACAGUAAACUUAAUAAAUAA